CAUUUGCACAGCCGCUAAGUUUGCGAAUGAAUGAUUGACGGCCCUUCACAUGCGCGCAAACAUUCGUACAAUGUACGAUGUACGAAUAUUUGCGCGCAUGUGAGUGGCCGGCAUUAGAUUAGUAAUAAAAAACAAUAGUUUUUAAAAUGGAUCUACUAAAAACACCGUCUGUUCAGUCAUUGUUAGAUUCUGACUUAGAAUCCGUAGAAAGCCUUCAAUAUCUAGAUAUAGAAGAGCUAGAUGAAAUAGAAUAUGCUCUCCCUGCCAUUGAUGCACCAACACUAGCUGAAGUCUUGUGUGUGUCAGAAGAAGAAGAAAUUAAAAAUGUACAAAAUAAAGAAGAACCAGUUUCUUGUUCACCACUACAGAUUGAUUUUUUACAAGCAGUCUCCCAACAACUUAUACAAGCACAGGAGAGGUCUUCAACAGGAUUUGCUACUGUCUUAAGUACUGGCACAGAGGGAAAACUAACUGUAGGAACAGCUCAUGGUCAUCUCCUUUCUUUCUAUGAACAAACUUUAAGAUGGGUGUGUGAUCAGAAUACAGACGUUGGUGCAGUUUCUUGUUUAUCCUACAACAAGGAUAGUACACGGCUUCUUGCUGGAUAUGCAAGAGGGCUCAUAUGUCAAUAUGAGAGUAUUAAAGGAACAGUACUAAGGCGUUUAACUCUGGGUGGUGAAUUAUGGGGUAUUUUAAGAGUAACAUGGGCAGGUACUUCAGGGCUUGCGCUUGAUACAGGUGGAUCAGUUUGGUUGAUCAAAUUCUCAAGACCGUUAGGAGUUCGUUCAGCACGUACUUCUUGUUUAUUUUCUGGUGCUAGAGGAGAAGUCGUUGCCAUGUCAGCACGUGAUGCGCGUAUAUUAGCACUCGCAACACUUUCACGUGUAAUAAUUGUAGCGGGUGGUUGCGCCGCAGGGGUGAAACUGAGUGGUCCUCCUGAUACUCUUCCUGUUAUAGAAUGGUCUGAGACAGAUAACCGAAUAUUGAUCUGCGCCCGCGCUAAUACUUUACAAUGGCUAUCAGUUCACAUUACAGGGUCGUCUAUAUCAUUACGACCGCUACACCGGGCUGAGCUAAAAAUGCCGCCUUUAUGGCUCGGAUGGUUGGGAGGAAAUCUGGCAAUUCUUGAUUCGGAUGAGAAAUUACGAAUUUGGGGAGAUGAAUACGAUAAACCAUUAGAUUUAUCUUACAUUGAACCUGUUUAUGCUUCAGCAUUUUUUAAAGGUCAUUGGACAGACGGACGUGUUUCCAGAGCAUUGUGUACAGCUGGCGUCAAUGCUCUGGGAGGAGCAUCCAUCGCAAAUGGUACACUAUCUUUAUUAGGCCGAAAAGGUGUGGUGCGGGUCAAUCCACGCGAUCUUCUAGCGAGAGUACAAGCAUUUCUGACGUCUGGCCGCUAUUUACAAGGGCUGCGGCUGUUAUGUGGUACACAAGGAGCGGAAGCUACAGCGAUAGCUUCUCAAUUUAUUGACAAUAUAUGCGCCAGACCCCAUAUAUUAGGCAAUAAACACAUUGCCGACCAAACAGUCAAAAUAUGUCUGAAAUUCGGAUUAAACGAGGAAUUAUGGGGAAAACUGUGGGAGCAAUGUUCUAGCGAAAAAGAAUUCGUUGAAGCGCUAGGGGACGCAAUAGUGCGCGAUGAAUUAUCUGUCGCACCACCUUCACCAGAUUGCACACAGGCACUGAUUGAGCGUCUGGCGGAGUUUGAACCAGAAUUAGUAGAGAGAGUUCUGGCUUCUCUCCCCCUCACGUCUCUGGACCCGCAUCGUGCGAGCGUAUUCACACGGGAGAAAGGUCUUUGGCGCGGUGUAGGUGCGAUCGCCGCGGCUUUGGGUGGUUGUGCGGGCGCGAUGCGGGAGCUGUGCGCGCACACGCGGCGCUCGUGCGGCGCGCGCUGCGAGUGUGCGGGCGCGGCGCUGCUGGUGACGGCGGCCGACGCGCUGGCGGGCCGGGCGGCCGGCGGCCGGGACCUCCCGUCCCAUGCGCGCCCUUCAGCAAGACACGACGCUCUACACGCGCUGCUCUCCGACGAGGGUGGUGAGGGAGGUCGGUCCCCGCUGCGCGUGCUGACGGAGCACGACGGGAGCGCGGCGGUGCGGUUGUUGGAGCAGAGCGCUCGCGACCCUCCCUUCGCCGGACCCCUCGCCAAACAAAACCGGCUGCGGGUCGCAAGACAUCUCCUCGCCUUUGCCAAAGAUUUACCGCAUCCAGAUGAUAGAACGGAAAUUUUAGAAUUUUUAACCGGUCAAUUAAAUUCCGGGGCCCUUCCGAACGACCCCGAGGUGUUAAAGGAGUUGGAGGAAGUGGCGCGCGGCACGCGGGGGGAGCGCGCCGACCGCGCCUGGCUCGCCCUGCUGCAGCGCGCGCCCCCGCGCCGCCCCGCGCUGCACGACCGCCCGCGCAUACUCUGCCGCCUCGAUGUACUGCAAGCACAACACCAAACCGUCCUCCCUUUAUUUUUUAAAAUAGAAGAACCCUCGGAUGUUGACAUUGAUGAACUUUAUGAAUACCUGAGAUGUCGCGUUAGCGCGGGGCCGGAGGCAAAAGAGCAGAUCGAACCGUAUCUAUCAAGACUGAUCGUACUAAGACCGCGGGCGGCCGCCGCCUUGUUUGGUGAGAUUUUCGAGAAUUCGAUCGCAACCGUUCUUGCUUCACUGGCGAACGUCGAAGCCGUAGAAUUUGCUGAGUCUCUAAAAACAUGUGGCCAUCUCAAAGGCGAUGCCGCCGCCGUACACGUUCGAAACUUGUGCAUUCUUCGUCCUGACCACGUCCAGAAUUUUUUACGGGAAAACGUCGGCAUAGUCAGACCUGAAGAAGCCCUUUCGAUUGUGCGGGAACUCGGACCAGAAGAUGCGGUACCUCACUGUUUAGAGGCGGCCGGAGACCCAAGUGCCGCGCUCGACGUCCUGCUGCGCCUGGCCGCCUCCACCGACGAUAGAAUCUUGGCAACGCGAUACGCACUCGAAGCCGGUGACUUGUGCACCCGCGUCACGCCGACCGUUCCUCCGUCCGUGGCCACGGACAUGUGGGCCCGGUUACUGAAAAACGCAAAGUUCGCGCCUCCCGCUCUCAUUUUAGAGGCGGUCGCACAUUUACCCGUCGACGCAGCCGUCGAUAAAACUUGCGAAUCAUCAGAAGUAGCUUUGGCGAUUCUGGCCUGCGCUGCCAGCAGACGAAGCGGGUGGGCAUGUGCGGCAAGGAUAAUGGGCAGAGAGGCUCACGAAGCACUAGCUCUAGCGCUGAGAAAGGCGGGUCGUGGCCGGGCUGUGCGCGGGCGGUGCGUGCGGUGCGGCGCGCAGCUGUCGCGUGACGCGGCGGUGCUGGCGACGCACUGCGGCCGCGCCUGCCACGCGACGUGCGGCGCCGAGCCUCGCUGCGGUUGGUGCGGCGCCCGCGCGUCCGACGAUGUAUUCUCCUUCAACACGCGUUCCCCACGUCGCCCGGCAUCGCCAGCAACAGAAUUUACCUUAUUAUUGGUCGCUCCGCCGAGACCGGACUUAGAAGGCUCAGUGUGAUCAGAUGACAUCGGACAGCUAUAGGAUAACUGAUGUUUCGAGUUAAUAAAUGAUUAAAAAAGUAUCAAAUGUAACUACGUAAUACUUUCAAGUACGAUAAUGGUAACGAUAUUCACGUCAUAGUCAAAUAAAAAUAUGUUUUCGAAGCAAAUAAUAUAUUUUCGCUCGUUUAUUUAUCAUACGGCUGUUUCAUCUCGAAGCUUGAAAUCUUAAUCAAUACUUAUGUGAUCAGUAUUUUCGCGAGAGCGUAAGGUCGUGCGGUACUAAGCCAGUGCAUGGCACAUUUCGCUAUUUUUCGCCUAGGGAGAACUGGCACUGUACCGACCAUCCGCCAGUUGCCGGAUCCGGACGAUAACUGCACAUGUGCAUCUCGCCUACUACGAGCACAAUAACUUAGCAGAUUUAAAACGUUAGAUUUGUUAUUUUAUCUCCUACCUACGCCGAAAGUUCGGUUUUCCUCCCGCUGUACAGGGAAGAAAGUGUAACUUUUCCUCCCUGGGUACUGACAAGUGCGCAUGCGCGUUAGUGUCUACGUCUGCUCUCGCGCACCUAAAAUUUUCCGCCAUUGUUGUGCUCGGUUAAUUUGCAAUAUUGUGUUUAGUGUAAAAAUGAAAUAAACAAAACGCAAUAAAAUUUUGUAUUGAAGUAUUAAACAAAGAUGAGUACAUCAGACAGUUCUUAUUCAAUUAGUAGUAGUUUAUUCAAAAAUUUAAAAACAGUUAAAUUGUUUUUUUAAGAGCAUGGGGGCUCCGCCCCCCCUACCCUCCACCGGGGCUUCGCCCCUGGUACCCACCCGGUUCGGUACUCCACGAACUUUCGGCCUGGUAGGAGAAAAUAUAGUAUGUGCACCGCGAGAAAAAAGUAGGACAUCUCAUCCCGCGUGUUUAGCAAUUUUCCACGCGGGAGGAAAUUUCCUACUUUUCUCCCUUGGUGCACAAUGUACUAUUUUCAUUGCGAAAUGUUUCUGUGCACUAAUAAGUAAAAUAACGCUAAUAGCAGCUAAGACGUGUUUCCGUCCAUUUGUCGGUUUUUAGCGCAGGGCAAAAGUUUCGCUUUGGACUCGGUUCUACACAGCUAUGACUUGUGAAUGUAAGUAACCCUUGUGACAUAGGUACGUUUUUUUUUCCUUCCUAAGCUGAUAGCCUUGAGAGGCUCUUUCAACGUAACCUUAACUUGUAGGUGAGCUCACGGGGCUUAAACCUGACGACGUUGCUAACACGAACCCUAGCAAGAGCCGUACUUCGCAGAAUCUACCACCGGAACGGAAACGCAACCCACUGAGAAGAUCCGGCAAGAAACUCAGUGGGCUGUGUCUGUGGGUUAAUUUACUCGCCGAGCCCUUCGUCGCAAGCGACGGGUUCGACGAGAACGAUGACCGGUGCUUGAGGUACCUAAAAGCACCGUUAGUGGACCGGGAGGAUCCGGAAUGACGUGUGACGUUUGGGUGACGUCGAUUGCUUUACAUUCCGUCCGCAGGAUCGGGAAUGAUACGUAGGUAUCGGUCAUGCGUUAAAGGAAAUCGCAGAAAGCUGGGCACUUAGUUAUUUUUUAACAGCAAGUCAUACCUGCAUUCCUAACGAGUUUCUGAGAGAGUGCUCGUGGUUGCAUAAUGACGAAAGCUGCUUAAGGUCAUUCCUGGGUGCAAAUUAUAAAAAAAUUAAGAAAAUUCUAUGACAAAGUCUAAUUGUGUAACUAAUUAUGUAAUAACGUGUAACAUAAAAUGUAUGAAAACACAACUCCUAAUAUUUACCUGUUGUUAUUUGUUUUCAAAUCUAUUGGCAUUAUAUUAAUUGUAAUUGAAAAUUAUAA